AUGGCGGCGACGACGGACGCGCGCGCGUCCACCGCGCGCGCGCUCGGGGCGAUCGGUCUGUGCGCGUUGGUGGCGUCGGUGGUGACGUACACGCGCAGGCUCACGGGACCGUUCAAGGCGAGCGCGGCGGUGACGUGGUUGACCCUCGGCCCGAGCGCGGUGUUGAUCGGAAUGGACGACGCGCGCGUCGAACGCGCGGUGGUGCGGGCGGAGCGCGCGCGGGGGGGUGAGACGCGGGUUCGAGAGGUUCGCCAAGGGUCCGUGGACGCGGUGCGAGCGAUUUUGGGGACGAAGGGAGGGGAUUGA